AGGCGAGGGCGGGCUGGGCGGAUUUGACGAGAGCCGCGGCGGUUGGCGAAGCGGACGGGGCGCAGCCUCUCCGGUGCGAAGAGCAGUCCCCACUGACAGAUCCCCUUCUUCCGGCCGCGCCACCCGGGAGGCGGAUCCCCGGGGCCUGAGGAGGCUUCCUCGGCCCGGGCCUCCCUCCCUCUCCUACGAGUCACCCGGGCGGCCUGGGAGGAGAAGGAGGAGAAGGAAGUCGUCGGGGGCGGCGGCGGGCAGAGAACCCGCUCCUCCUUUCCCAGCGGCGGCGGCGGGGGCAGGACAAUGGAGGUGGCUGUAGAGAAGGCGGCGACGGCGGCCGCGGCGGCUUCGGCGGCGGCCGCCGGGGGGCCCUCGGCUCCGCCGAGCGGGGAGAACGAGGCCGAGAGUCGGCAGGGCCCCGACUCGGAGCGCGGAGGCGAGGCGGCCCGGCUCAACCUGUUGGACACUUGCGCCGUGUGUCACCAGAACAUCCAGAGCCGGGCGCCCAAGCUGCUGCCCUGCCUGCACUCCUUCUGCCAGCGCUGCCUGCCCGCGCCCCAGCGCUACCUCAUGCUGCCCGCCCCCAUGCUGGGCUCGGCCGAGACCCCGCCGCCCGUCCCCGCCCCCGGCUCGCCGGUCAGCGGCUCCUCGCCGUUCGCUACCCAAGUGGGAGUCAUUCGAUGUCCAGUUUGCAGCCAAGAAUGUGCCGAGAGACACAUCAUAGAUAAUUUUUUUGUGAAGGACACUACUGAGGUUCCCAGCAGUACAGUAGAAAAGUCUAAUCAGGUAUGUACAAGCUGUGAGGACAAUGCAGAAGCUAAUGGGUUUUGUGUAGAGUGUGUUGAAUGGCUCUGCAAGACAUGCAUCAGAGCUCAUCAAAGGGUGAAAUUCACAAAAGACCACACUGUGAGACAGAAAGAGGAAGUAUCUCCAGAGGCAGUUGGUGUGACCAGUCAGCGACCAGUGUUUUGUCCUUUUCAUAAGAAGGAGCAGCUGAAACUUUACUGUGAAACAUGUGACAAACUGACAUGUCGGGACUGCCAGUUAUUAGAACAUAAAGAGCACAGAUAUCAAUUUAUAGAAGAAGCUUUUCAGAAUCAGAAAGUGAUCAUAGAUACACUAAUCACCAAACUGAUGGAAAAAACAAAAUACAUAAAAUUCACAGGAAAUCAAAUCCAAAACAGGAUAAUUGAAGUAAAUCAAAAUCAGAAGCAGGUGGAACAGGAUAUUAAAGUUGCCAUAUUUACAUUGAUGGUAGAAAUAAAUAAAAAAGGAAAAGCUCUACUGCAUCAGCUUGAGAGUCUUGCAAAAGAUCAUCGAAUGAAACUUAUGCAACAGCAGCAGGAAGUGGCUGGACUUUCUAAACAGUUGGAACAUGUCAUGCAUUUUUCUAAAUGGGCAGUUUCCAGUGGCAGCAGUACAGCAUUACUUUAUAGCAAGCGACUGAUUACAUACCGGUUACGGCACCUCCUUCGAGCAAGGUGUGAUGCUUCCCCAGUGACCAACAAUACCAUCCAAUUUCACUGUGAUCCUAGUUUCUGGGCUCAAAAUAUUAUCAAUUUAGGUUCUUUAGUAAUUGAAGAUAAGGAGAGUCAACCACAAAUGCCUAAGCAGAAUCCUGUCAUGGAACAGAAUUCACAGCCACCAGGUGGUUUAUCUUCAAACCAGUUAUCCAAGUUUCCAACACAGAUCAGCCUAGCUCAAUUACGACUCCAGCAUAUGCAGCAACAGGUAAUGGCUCAGAGGCAACAGGUGCAACGGAGGCCAGCACCUGUGGGUUUACCAAACCCUAGAAUGCAGGGGCCCAUCCAGCAACCUUCCAUCUCUCAUCAGCAACCUCCUCCACGUUUGAUAAAUUUUCAAAAUCACAGCCCCAAACCCAAUGGACCAGUUCUUCCUCCUCAUCCUCAACAGCUAAGAUAUCCACCAAACCAGAAUAUGCCACGACAAGCAAUAAAGCCCAACCCCCUGCAGAUGGCUUUCCUGGCUCAACAAGCCAUAAAACAGUGGCAGAUCAGCAGUGGGCAGGCCGCCCCGUCACCUGCCAACAGCACGUCCUCUACUCCAUCCAGUCCCACCAUUACUAGUGCAGCAGGGUGUGAUGGGAAGGCCUUUGGGUCGCCUAUGAUUGAUCUGAGCUCACCCGUGGGAGGUCCCUAUAAUCUUCCUUCUCUUCCAGAUAUUGACUGCUCAAGUACUAUUAUGCUGGACAAUAUUGUGAGGAAAGAUACUAGUACAGAUCAUGGCCAGCCGAGACCACCCUCAAACAGAACCGUCCAGUCACCGAAUUCAUCAGUGCCAUCUCCAGGCCUUGCAGGACCUGUUACUAUGACAAGUGUACACCCACCAAUACGUUCACCUAGUGCCUCCAGCGUUGGGAGCCGAGGAAGCUCUGGCUCUUCCAGCAAACCAGCAGGAGCUGAUUCUACACACAAAGUCCCAGUGGUCAUGUUGGAGCCAAUCCGAAUAAAACAAGAAAACAGUGGACCACCUGAAAAUUAUGAUUUUCCUGUUGUUAUAGUGAAACAAGAAUCAGAUGAAGAAUCUAGGGCUCAAAAUACCAACUAUCCAAGAAGCAUACUCACCUCCCUGCUCUUAAAUAGCAGUCAGAGCUCUGCAUCUGAAGAGUCUGUGUUAAGAUCAGAUGCCCCUGAUAGCACAGGAGAUCAACCUGGACUUAACCAGGAAAAUUCCUCAAAUGGAAAGUCUGAGUGGCUAGAUGCCUCGCAGAAGUCACCCCUUCACGUUGGAGAGACAAGGAAAGAGGAUGACCCCAAUGAGGACUGGUGUGCAGUUUGUCAGAACGGAGGGGAACUCCUAUGCUGUGAGAAAUGUCCCAAAGUAUUCCACCUCUCUUGUCAUGUACCCACAUUGGCAAAUUUUCCAAGUGGAGAGUGGAUUUGCACUUUCUGCCGAGACUUAUCUAAACCAGAGGUUGAGUAUGAUUGUGAUGCUCCCGUUCACAACUCAGAAAAAAAGAAAAUUGAAGGCCUUAUCAAACUAACGCCAAUAGAUAAAAGGAAGUGUGAACGCCUACUUUUAUUUCUUUAUUGCCAUGAAAUGAGCCUGGCUUUUCAAGACCCAGUUCCUCUAACUGUGCCUGAUUAUUACAAAAUAAUUAAAAACCCAAUGGACUUGUCAACCAUCAAGAAAAGACUACAAGAAGAUUAUUCCAUGUAUACAAAGCCUGAAGAUUUUGUAGCUGAUUUUAGAUUGAUCUUUCAAAACUGUGCUGAAUUCAAUGAGCCUGAUUCAGAAGUAGCCAAUGCUGGUAUAAAACUUGAAAGCUAUUUUGAAGAACUUCUGAAGAACCUUUAUCCAGAAAAACGGUUUCCUAAAGUAGAAUUCAGGAAUGAAUCAGAAGAUAAUAAAUUUAGUGAUGACUCAGAUGAUGACUUUGUACAGCCCCGGAAGAAACGCCUCAAAAGCAUAGAGGAACGCCAGUUGCUUAAAUAAACAACACCACUGGCGUGUGCUGGUUUUUAGAUUUUUUUUGUUUUCAAAAAACAUUUUGUCAGUAAUUUAACAUCAUUACCAAGAAGAGCUUGUGACCACUUUAAGUUUUCAAUGUUUACUAGACUCUGAUUUCCUUAAUAACCCAUUUCUUUUAACCUUCUUAUUAAGAAAGAAAGAAAAAGAGGGAGCAAGGAAGGAGAAAGGAAGAAAGAAAGAAGCAUCAACAACAGAAUAAAAAGACAUUCUCCCCACUUAUUGGAUUUCAAACUGCAGUCUGGAGUGAUAGCAACUAUAGAAAGGAAAUAGACUUUGUAUGAACUCUAAGUUGAAAAUUUAAUGUGGUUUGGAAGUGUGCGUUAAUCCAUUUUUAGAAAAUACCACUACUCAUUAACUAUGGACCAACCAUGAGUUAGGUGUACUGUACGUAAGAGCAGUACUCCAAUGAAUAUGAGUGGUAAUAAGAGUUCUAUCCUAGGAUGCCCACUGGUGCAACGAAAAAGUAGAUUAGAUGCUAUUAAGAAGGCACCUAAUAGUAUAUCAUGUAAGAUGGCAAUUGUAUUAAAGAAAAAGGAAAACAGAUGUUU